GGGAGAUGGUCGCUUACGAGAGCGGUCGUUCAAAGAGAAUCUAAUCAACUUUUGAAUGGCUUCCUUCAAACUUCAUUUGAGUCUGUCGUCUUAUUAGCCAGCGGUGUUCUCGUUAAUUAUUUCAAGAUGGCGGAUGUGCUCUUACAGGAGUGCGAUAGAUUGAGCAUGAAUUCUUUAUGCAAUUCCACCUGGUUUGGUUGCAUUAUCUUGUAAUUCAGUAUCUUUGUGCAUAAAAGGAUGAAUAAUCUACUUAUUGACGUUGAUGUUAUGGGGCUCUAAUGCAAUGAUCGAGAUUAAAGCUCGCAUUUUACGAAGCGCUGUAUAUCUCUCUGGAGAAACACUGCAGUGUGAAAUCACCUUCUCAAACGUCAACACGAAGGAAUGCCCUAGUCCAAGGAAAGUAAACCAUUACAAGGAAGAGAAAAAAAGUGACAAAGUAGAACGCCUUGCCUGGUCGAGUGCGCAAAUUCACUGUCAGUGUUCAGUAAUGAGUGGACGAGUGGUGAUUCCAGGGAAAGAAAAUGCUACGGCACUUGAUAAUACAUCACCAAUCAGUGAGUCGAGAACAAGUUUUGCUCCAUCUAGAGGAGAGCAAGGUCAUUGUCUCAUUUCCACUGAACCGAAAAUUCUAUUUUGCGAUUUGCAGCUGUACCCGGGCGAAUCGAAAACAUUUUUAUACAGUGAAAAGGUCCCAGUAAAUGGGCCUCCAUCAUACAAAGGACAUACUGUUAAAUACUCAUAUAAAAUUACCAUUGGAACAAGUCGUGUAAACUCACAAAUAAAGCUUCUUCGUCUACCCAUUCGAAUUUUGGUUGUUCCAGGAUUGCAAGAAAUUGAAAACAUGUUUAGUUUACGAGAACAACCGAAAAAUCCCUUUCUACAGAGUAAAGCAGAGACCACAUCUCUUUUAGAUGUUGCUGUUGAUUUUUUAACCUCAGUCACAUCUAAAAGAAACAACCAUGUAUAUAAUAUUGUAAGUAAUAGAGGACAUGUGGGGAAGUUUUGUCUUUUUAAAUCAGCUUACAGAAUAGGAGAAGAGAUAGUCGGUUCAUUUGAUUUUACAGAUAGCCUAAUACCUUGUUUAAAGUUCACAGUAACUCUUCAAAGUGAAGAACACAUACCAGAGGAAUGCCGUCCACUCAAUAGUAAAUCAGCAGACAUGACACAUACAUCACAUUGCUCAUACCAAGAACACUGUCUACAUACAAAAAAGACACAUAUUGUUCUACCAGUACCUAUUACAGCAACACCAGAAUUUGUAUCGGAUUUAGUUUGUUUAAAAUGGAGGCUUCAUUUUGAGUUUGUGCUUGUUUGUGGUUCCCUUCCUGCUGGAGCAAGUCCUCUUCAGUCAACAUAUCCACCUUUAGAUACUGCAACAUGGCAAGGUCCAAGCAACAUUGAAACAGAACUUUUGACAUGGGAUUUCCCAGUCAAGUUACUGGCUACAAAUCCUGUCCAAGCAUCAUCUGUCUCUUUGUUAAGAACUACAAAUUCUAUAGUAUUUUAAAAUAUUUUUUACACAUUCUCUAACAAAUAUAUUCUAAACAAAAAGACAUAAAUAUAUUUGCUUUGCUACAAAAUAUUAUUCUCUUGGGGGAAUUCCUGUACAAAUAAUUUUAUGUUGACCAUGGGAGUAGAACUUGAGUAGAACUGUCUUUGAUGUGAACACAGUAACUAUGAUGUGAAACAUUAACUGAUCAUUGUCUUCUUAUGUCGAGUUGUUUUCCUUCAAUCAUUAAAAAAUAGUAAGGCUUAUGAUAUAGAGUGCAAAUGUGCAUACAACAUAUGGGAUUGUGAAUAGAAAGACUGCUAGUGAAUUAAAUAAUAAAGAAUACAAGUUUUUUAAUAAAAAAGAUUCAAAUUUA